GACUAUUGCAAUUUAAUCAACAGAUAUGGUCCGGAAAAAGAAUCCCCCUUUGAGGAGCUUUGGCGGUGAGGAGGCCGAGGGAGAAGAGGCAGCCGUGGAGUCGACUCGCAGCGGGGGCGAGGACCUCGGUGCGGAGCCCAUGCUCGAGGAGCCCAGCCUGGGUGACGUGCCCGCGCCAGACAGGAGGGAGGAUCCGCGCCUGCUUGCCUCCGAGCCCUCUGCCGGCAUCAAAAGGGACUCGAGGAGCGCCGCGGCGGCGGCGGGGAGCGAGAGGCCUGGCUUCAAUUAUGAAAGCCACAAGAAGGGCGGAAAUGUUCCGUCCUUCCCCGGUGAUGAGGUGACAGACAGAAAUAUGCUGGCGCUCUCAUCCCCAGCUGCCACGGGCGUCUGCGACGAGGCCGAGUCUCCGGCGAGAUCAGAACCAGAUGAAGGCGGGGGCGGGGCCCACAGCCCGGUUGCUGGCGUGGGGGAGGGUGGGGACGAGGGGGAGGUGCUGCGCCGCUCGCCGCUUAGUGCCAGCAGCUGUGGCGUCAUUGUCCAGGGCUGCCCCGAUGGUGGCGGUGCCGGCGAGGACCGGAGCCUCCCCCGGAGCCCCUUGGACCCGGGUGGGGAGGGUGGGGGUGGGGCGGCCCGGCCGAAAGCCCCGCCUCACCUGCUCUGCCCACGCAGGAACAGCGAGGGCCAUGAGGACCUUGAUGCGGGCUCUCGCCCACCCUCCUCCCCCAAGCUGCAGGACUUCAAGUGCAACAUCUGUGGGUACGGCUACUAUGGCAACGACCCCACAGACCUGAUCAAACACUUCCGCAAGUACCACUUGGGCCUGCACAACCGCACGAGGCAGGACGCGGAACUGGACACCAAGAUCCUGGCUCUGCACAACAUGGUGCAGUUCUCCAACCAGGCCCAUGCCAAAGACCUGCCCCGCCUUCCCCCCCACAGUGUCCUGACCGGGGUGCUGUCGGACAUGGGCUCCCCUCGACCCCUGCUGCUCAACGGCACCUAUGACGUGCAGGUGAUGCUGGGAGGCACCCUCAUCGGGAUUGGGCGGAAGACCCCGGAUUGCCAGGGGAACACAAAGUACUUCAGGUGCAAGUUCUGCAACUUCACCUACAUGGGCAGCUCCUCAAGUGAACUGGAGCAGCACUUCCUUGCCACCCACCCUAACAAGAUGAAGACGCAUCCGCCCCCUGAGGGCAAGCUGCCCGAGAAGCACGAUGCCGCCCCUGGUAAAGGCAACGGGCUGCCCCGUGGCGGCGGUGGCGACCCAGCUGAGGCGGGGAAGUGGGCCGACCGGGUGGCCGUGCGGGCGGAGGACGAUGCCAUCGCCGGCUACUCAGUCCCGAUCCCGGCGGUUGACCCCCCUGUCCAGAACAGUGGCGGUGAGGCUGGGGCCGGAGUCGGGGCUGGCUACUACUGGUGCAAGUACUGCAGCUUUAGCUGCGAGGCGCCCUCCUCCCUGCGGCUGCUGGAGCACUACGAGCGGAAGCACUGCCAGCUGGCUGCCCCCCGGGACGAAGGGUCCACCCGCAGUGAGGCUGACCCACCCCCCAGGCGGAAGGAGGCGGCGGGCGAAACGGAGACGGUGGUCACCAGCUACAACUGCCAGUUCUGCGACUUCCGCUACUCCAUGAGCCACAGCGCUGACGUUAUCGUGGUGGCGCCGCUGCUCCGGCACUACCAGCAGGCACACAGCAUCCACAAGUGCACCAUCAAGCACUGCCCCUUCUGCCCACGUGGCCUCUGCAGCCCUGAGAAGCACCUGGGCGAGAUCUCAUACCCCUUUGCCUGCCGGAAGGGCAGCUGCUCGCACUGUGCCCUGCUGCUGCUGGAGGCACCCCCUGGGGGCCCGCCACGCGCCAAGGUCCAGCACCUGUGUGACCAGUGCCCCUUCUCAGCCGCUGACAUCGACCUGCUCCUGCUGCACUAUGACAGCGUCCACGCCGGACACCUGGUCCUGGAGGUCAAGCCGGAGGAGGAGCCAUCACGGACUGAGGGCGGGGCCACGCCUGCCAAGGAGCCCAGUGACCACUCCUGCACCAAGUGUGACUUUGUCACCGAGGUCGAGGAGGAGAUCUUUCGUCACUACAGGAGGGUCCACGGCUGCUGCAGGUGCCGUCACUGCAGCUUCACCGCAGCGGACACCGCUGCCCUGCUGGAGCACUUCAAUACCGCGCACUGCCAGGACGCGCUGGACCCCUCUGCUUCCUCUGCCCCCACCAACGGAUGCUCUGCCCCCUCCAACGUCAGCAUCAAGGAGGAGAGCAAGGGAGACCUGAAGCUCUACAGCCUGGUGCCCCCGGAGGCGCGACCAGCCGAGGGCGGGGCGGGUCUGGAGAUAGUAAAGAGGGAGGCGCUCGACGAGAAGGAGCCACUCAGGGAGAAGGGGGGCGGAGAGCAGGCACGGGGCCUGCUGUGGGUCCCCAAGGACAGGGCCGUGGAUAUCCUGAGGGGAAGCCCGCUGCAGUAUGGCCAGGGUGCCUUAGGCUUGCUCAAUGCUGUGGCUGUCUCUCAGGAGACGCACCAACCGAAGGCCACCGUGCCGAGGGAGUCCCCCGGCCUGGUGUUUGGCCUGGGCACUGAUGCCAAGGGCUUCCUGCAGGGGGCACCCCCGGGUGGAGCCGAGAAGCCCAGUCACAUGACACAGCAGUACACCACCACAACAGACAGCAAGUCCAACAAGGAGGAGUCGCAGUCACUCCUGCGGAGACGUCGGGGCUCAGGAGUGUUUUGUGCCAACUGCCUGACCACGAAGACAUCGCUCUGGAGGAAGAACGCCAAUGGUGGAUACGUCUGCAACGCGUGCGGCCUCUAUCAGAAGCUUCACUCGACUCCCAGGCCGCUGAACAUCAUUAAGCAGAACAAUGGUGAGCAGAUCAUCCGCCGACGUACCCGCAAGCGGCUGAACCCGGAUGCGCUCCCUGCCGAGCCCGUGAGCUCCAAGCAACAGCGUGUCAACAGUGAGGAACAGGUGAAUGGGAGCCCCCUGGAGCGCAGGCCGGAGGAGCCCGGCACCGACGGUGCCCCCCGGGCCGAGCUGCCACCCUCUCUGGCCAAGUAUGAGGCCUACAGCUCCUCUGGGGGCAAGGGCCACCCGAGCCCACACUCCACCCACGCCUUCCUGGUCAACCAGACCCUGGAGAUCCACAAGCGCAUGCCGCCUUUGCACAUACACAAGAGCCCGUCAGACGGAGGGCCAGAGGGUAAUGGGGUGGGGCAUGGGGCAGGCGCCCUGGCCUCCACCGAGGGCAAGGGCAGCUCAGAGCGAGGCAGCCCGAUUGAGAAGUACAUGCGGCCUGCCAAGCAAGCCAGCUACUCCCCACCAGGCAGCCCCAUCGAGAAGUACCAGUACCCCUUCUUCAGCCUGCCUUUUCUCCACAAUGACCUGCAGAGUGAAGCAGACUGGCUGCGCUUCUGGACUAAGUACAAAAUGUCGGUCCCGGGGAACCCACACUACCUAAGCCACGUCCCAGCCCUGCCAAACCAUUGCCAAAGCUUUGUGCCUUAUCCAGCCUUCGGCCUUCCCCCUCACUUCCCCCCCCCAGGCCCAGAGAGCGACAUCCCCCUGGACCUGGCCAUUAGGCAUUCCAAACCAGGCCCCACGUCCAAUGGGGCGGCCGCCGCUAAGGAGAAGGGUGCCGCCACAAAACGAGCCCUGUCCACUGAGGUUGAGAAGGAGAAGGAGGGCGGGGAGCUGCCACUGCCAAUGAUGAUGACAGCCAUAGACGAGGAGGAGCCUGCAACGGAGGCUGCCGCCCCCCUGCCAGAAAGGACGGACAGGAGCACUCAGGACGAGCUGUCGAGCAAGUGUGCGCACUGUGGCAUCGUCUUCCUGGACGAGGUGAUGUACGCCCUGCACAUGAGCUGCCAUGGCGACGGCGGGCCCUUCCAGUGCAGCAUCUGCCUGCAUGCCUGCGUGGACAAAUACGACUUCACCACGCACAUACAGAGAGGGCUCCACCGGGCCACGGGUGACACCAAUGGCAAGACCCCAAAGGAAUGAACCAUAGCCACACGAAUUAGCACUCCUAGCACAACUAACAUAACAAAAGGAACAGAAGACAAACAAAAACUCAAAAAAUGAC